AUUUAUGAUGAUUUGUGAACCGUGUUUAUGUACAUGGUUUGACGUUUAAAUUUUAUAAAGCAUUAUUAAUUAAAUGUAUAAACAAUAUGAGGCUUAUAAUAUAUAAUUAAUAAAUAUAAGGAAUUCGCAAGAUUACAUUUCCAAAAUGAAUUUGACAGUUGCUUUGAAGUUUUAUAUUACACGAAUGACAGAAGAAAGUGGACCUGGUAUGAAGGUUCUUUUGAUGGAUAAACAAACGACAAGUAUAGUAAGUUUAUUAUACAGUCAAUCAGAAAUAUUUAUGAAGGAAGUUUAUCUGUUUGAGAGAAUUGAUGCAAAUACACGUAAUGAGGGUUUAAAGCAUUUAAAGUGUAUAGUUUUCAUAAGACCAACAAAAGAAAAUAUUGAGUAUCUUUGCAAUGAACUACGAUGUCCUAAAUAUGGCACCUAUUAUAUUUAUUUCAGUAAUAUUAUUGCAAAGGCUGAUGUUAAACUUCUGGCUGAAAGUGAUGAGCAAGAAGUUGUGAGAGAAGUCCAUGAAUACUAUGCAGAUUAUUUAGCUAUCAGUCCUCAUUUAUUUUCACUUGGAAUAACUGGAUGCUCACAAGGUUUAUUAUGGAACCCAGUGCAUUUGCACAGAACCGUUUUAGGCAUAAUUUCUGUCCUAUUAUCAAUUAAAAGAUGUCCCUACAUACGAUACCAGUGCAGCUCUGAAAUGGCAAAAAGAUUAGCGGAAAAAAUACGUGAAGUAUUGAGUAAGGAAUCAAGUUCAUUUGAAUUCAGACAAGAUUCUAGUCCGAUUUUACUGAUACUUGACAGAAGAGAUGAUCCUGUUACUCCUCUAUUGAAUCAGUGGACUUAUCAAGCAAUGGUACACGAAUUGUUAACUAUCAACAAUAAUCGUGUUAAUUUGUCGCACGUUAAAGGUAUUUCAAAGGAAUUAAAAGAAGUUGUUCUCAGUGCAGAACAUGACGAGUUUUAUACAAAUAAUUUAUAUCUUAAUUUUGGUGAAAUCGGACAAACGAUAAAAGAACUGAUGGAUGAAUUUCAAAAGAAGGCUAAAAAACAUCAAAAAGUCGAAAGCAUAGCCGAUAUGAAAACUUUUGUUGAAACUUAUCCAUUGUUUAAAAAGCUUUCGGGAACUGUAUCAAAACAUGUAACCGUAGUUGGAGAACUUUCUUCUCUUGUGGAAAAACAUAAUUUAUUACGAGUAUCGGAAUUGGAACAAGAGCUUAGUUGUCGGAGUGAUCAUUCCAUGCAGCUGCAACAGAUAAAAGAACUUAUUAAUAAUCAACAAAUCCGGGAAAUCGAUUGCGUACGAUUGGUAAUGCUUUACGCACUCCACUACGAGAAACAUGCGAAUAAUGAUAUCAGUGGUCUAUUAAAUUUAUUGAAAAAUAAAGGGAUUUCCGAAAAGUACAUUAAGCUUGUGUAUAACAUAUUAGAAUAUAGUGGAAUCAAUGCAAGACAAAGUAAUUUAUUCGAUCGUGAAUCAGUAGCUAAAAUUACCAAAAAAUUAUUCAAAGGAUUAAAUGGGGUAGACAAUAUAUACACCCAACACUCACCUUUGUUAAAUGAAACACUUGAAGAUUUAAUCAAAGGAAGAUUAAGCUUACAAACAUUUCCGUAUCUUGGAAAUACAAUGGUAUCGAAAAGGCCACAGGAUAUCAUUGUUUUCAUGAUCGGGGGAACUACCUACGAAGAAAGUUUAAAUGUUUAUAAUUUAAAUAAACAAAAUCCAGGGAUAAAGAUUAUAUUAGGUGGUACCACUAUUCAUAAUUCCCAAAGUUUCUUCGAGGAAAUUCAGCAAGCAACAACAGGUAUCCUAUCGAAAUACAAAAAUAAUAACAAAUAGAACAUUAAAUGUACAUAUUUUUGAUCAACAUAUUU